AUAAAGCUUGGUUGGGGCUUCUCCUCGCCGGAGAUCCGAGCGCGAGAGGCCCCAAAACCCUAAUCGUGAGUGUCCGAUCAAUUUCACACGCCAUCGCUCGCCCCUCUGGGGUUCUAGGGCUCCACUUAGAGCCAUCGUCAUGGCCGUUCCUCUGGAGCGAGCCAUCGUGGAGGUCGGCAAGCGCCUCUCGCAGCCUCGCCUCAACAAGGACGCUCUCGUAAAGCUCCUUAAGCAAGCUGAAAGUGCAUUAUCAGAGUUAAGCCAGUCUUCUUCUCUACAGACUGCUUUGGAGCCCAUAAUUAAUUCUGUAGUUCAAAACAACUUGCUUCAACAUAAAGAUAAAGAUGUCAGACUACUGGUUGCAGCUUGUCUCACCGAAAUUAUCCGGGUCCUUGCACCUGAUCCACCUUUCAGUGAUGAAAUAUUUAAGGAUAUUUUCAGACUUAUUAUUAAUACAUUUGUGGAUCUAGCUGAUACCUCCAGUCCAUAUUUUACAAGGAGGCUGAAGAUAUUGGAGACUGUUGCUGCCCUCAAAUGCUGUGUUAUAAUGCUGGAGAUUGGCUGCGAUGAUUUAGUCCUGGAUUUGUUCAAAGUUUUUUUCUCUGUUGUGAAAGAAGGUUACCAUCAAAGCUUAUUUCAGGCUAUGCUGUCUACUAUGACAGUUAUUCUAGAGGAGAAAGUUUCUCAACCUCUUCUUGAUGUGAUCCUGCAAAACUUGUUAAAGGAAGAAAAGGGAACGUCCUUCAGGCUUGCUGUUUCUGUCAUUCAGAAUUGUGCAGGGAAGUUGGAGCCCUUGAUUCGGUGUUUUUUAACAUCAUCUAUUUUGAACAGGGAUGCUUCGACAUAUGAGCUUAAUAAAUACUACCAUGAAAUUAUAUUGGAAAUAUUCCAGUGUUCUCCCCAGAUUCUUAUUGCUGUCAUCCCGAACUUGUCUCAGGAACUAAUAACUGAUCAGGUGGAUGUCCGCCUGGAGGCUGUUCAUUUGAUUGGGAAACUUCUUGUCCUCUCGAAUCUUCAUUUUGGUCGGGAAUACCGGUCAGUUUUUGUAGAAUUCUUGAAAAGAUUUUCUGACAAAUCUGCGGAAAUUAGAAUUGCAGCUAUAGAGUGUGCUAAAGCAUGCUAUAUGGCUGAUACAUCUGGAAGUGAAGCACAUGAUAUUCUAACCGCACUUGAGGGAAGGCUAUUAGAUUUUGAUGAUAAAGUGAGAACACAAGCUGUUAUUGCAGUCUGUGAUCUGGCUAAAUCUAACCUAACUUGUUUUCCAUCCGAACUAGUAUUGAAAGCUCUAGAACGACUUCGUGACAAGAAGGUUUCUGUUAGAAAGAAUGUGAUGCAAAAGCUAUUGGAGUUGUAUCGGGCUUACUGUACUAAGUGCACCAAGGGGCAUCUCAUGCUUAAUGAUAAUUAUGAACAAAUUCCAUGUAAAAUAUUACUUCUCUGCUUCGACAGAGAUUGUAAGGAGUUCAGGCCGCAAAACAUCGAGGUCAUAUUUUCAGAGGAUUUAUUCCCAUUAUCACUUCCUAUAAAGGAGAGGACAGAACAUUGGAUUGCAUUUUCCUCACUCUUCAAGCUGCCUCAUAUCAAGGCUUUAAACUCCAUUCUAUAUCAAAAACGAAGGUUGCAGAUGGAAUUGCAAGAAUAUUUGUCUCUUCGAGAGAAGGAGAAGGAGAAUGCUUCGGAAGAAAUGCACAAGAGAAUCCAAGAAUCUUUUAUGAAGAUGUCCAGCUCAUUCAUAGACUCUUCUAAAGCUGAGGAGUGUUUUCAAAAAUUGCACCAAAUGAAAGAUAAAAAUAUUUUUAAAGCAUUGGUUGAAUUGGUUGAUGAACAAACUACUUUUGCAACUGUUCAAUCCAUCAGGGGUUCAUUUCUUAAGAGGAUUGGGGAGAAAAAUUCAAGUUAUGAUUUUUUUAAGACACUCUCCUCAAAAUGUUCAUAUUCAAUAUUCAACACGGAGCACAUUCGUUAUAUUUUGGAGUAUGUUUUAUCCAGGAAAAAUGGUGGCAAUAAAUAUAUGCAGCAUUCCAUUGAUCUUCUACUUAUUAUUAUAACAAUAUUCCCAUCACUGCUAAGGGGGUCAGAAGAAUACUUGCUGAAGUUGUUCUCGGAGGAGGUCACCUUGUCAAGCGAAAAAAUUCUUCAGAUUUUAGCCAGGGCAGGUCGUUAUGUUCUCCUAAAGCUCAGUGAUAUAUACCCAUUCUUAGAGAAAAGAUGUCUUGAAGGAACUCGUGUUGAAUCCAAAUAUGCUGUUUCUGCAAUUGCUUCACUAUUCCAUGCUUCUGCUGAUUCUAUCUUUUCCACUUUAUGUGAGAAAGUCAUGAAAUCUCUGCAUGAUGGUUACAAUAUCUCGAGUUUCUCGACUCUGUUGCAGUCUUUGGGCUGUAUUUCACAAUAUUCUUCAUCAACUUAUGAGCUAUAUGAAGAACAAAUUAUGCAUUUCGUUGUUCAUGACAUUCUUUGCUCCUCGAAAAUAUCCAACAACAGUGAUUCUGUGGGCAGCUCAUUGUGCAAGUUGAAGAUUUAUGGACUGAAGGCAUUGGUCAGGAGUUUAUUGCCACAUCAAGUAACACAUGUGAGACAUCAGAUAAAGGGAUUCUUAAAUAUCUUAUCAGACAUAAUUCUUGGAAAUGGCAUCAUGAGUGGUAUCAUCUUAAGUGAAAAUGACAAGGCUCAACUGAGAUUGGCUGCUGCAAAAUCUGUUCUUCGGCUUGCAACAAGAUGGGAUUUGCACAUUUCACCAAACAAUUUUCAUGUAGCAAUUUUGAGGGCUAAGGAUCCUUCACCUGCAGUUCGCAAGUCAUUCCUGUUCAAAAUACAUAAUCUUUUAAAGGAACAUGCAAUCCCAAAUAGAUAUGCUUGUGCUUUUGCGUUGGCUUCAAUGGACUAUGUUGGAGAUAUCCGAACUGAUUCUCUGAAACACCUCACUGAAUUUCUAAAGAACAAUGGUGGAAAACUUUGGAAGCAUCAGAAAAUCUUAGGAAAGGAUACAGCUGGAGGAACAAUGACAAGCUAUCCAGAAUAUAUUGUGGUUUUCUUAAUCCACAUUCUUGCUCAUGAUCAUGGCUUUCCUUCAGAAAAUUGUCAUGAUGAAGAUGCUUAUGCUGAGUUUUGCAGUCCUUUGAUUGUUAUUUUGCAAGUGUUGGUUAAUUUAGACUUUGCCAAUGGCAAUAAGAAUGAUGCCUGUGAAAUCAUAUCAAAUUUGCUGGGCAUUUUUCGUGCCAUUCAGAAUGCUGAGGAUGCUGUUGAUGCUCAAACUACUUCAAAAUUGCAUGUCAUUUCUAAAAUUGGUCUGGUCACAGUAAAAGUACUAAGUCAACGCUGCAAGGUUUCAUUAGGUACAGCAUGUCAAGUUUUGCUUCCAUCAUCAUAUUACAGAAAAAGUUGUAGAGAGGUUUCUUCUCCUAUCGACGAAUUUAUUGAUGAAGGUUUUGUGAGGAGGAUCCUUGAUAAUGUUGAGUCUUAUAUUGCUCAGCAUCCUAGUUCUGAUUUUAAGCAAUGUAGAUCUCAGGAAGAUGCUCGGCAUUUGGGUGUUGAGAAGAGCAUCUCAAAUGAUAUACCUCGGGAAAAGAAAUUUGAUUCUUUACCAAGUAAAUUAAAUGUGGAGACGGAAAAAGUUUCUGCUACUGGAAAAGGACUUAAGAAUUUAGUCCCACCAAAAGUUUGCUCUAAAGCAAAACACAUGAGUUUGCUCUCUGCUACUUCUUUAAUGUCAACAGAGUUGCUCCAUGAGAAUUCUGCUAUUUAUGAGAACACAAAUUUAUCUCCUGAAUUUGCUAAUCCUGCCAUGGGAAAUGAGCAAUUGUCUUCAUGUGAUUCUGCUAGCACAAGACCAUCAUUUCCAGAUUCACAGAUUCUGUCCGGUGAGGCUGAACUUAGAGAUUGCAACUCUCUGGUGACAAAGCAGAGGGAUAAUACCAAUACAAAAAUUUCCACGGAGCCAAAUAAAGCUUCAAAAACAAAUCUAAAAUGCUGUAUGGAUUCAAUGGAAAUUGGCGGUUCAGGGGAAAUGCUUGUCGGACACCGGAUCAGAGUUUGGUCUCCAAUUGAUAUGUGUUAUAAUUCUGGAAUGGUUGAUUCAUAUGAUUCUCAAAACGGUAACUACAAGAUCACCUAUGAUAACGGGGAUGUGGAACUAGCGCACUUGGAAGAUGAGAGGUGGGAAGCCAUUGAUGAUGCAACUUUGAUAGAGAAGGAUAUGUGCAACUUUCAGCCUAGAAAUUGGUCAGGUUUGUCUGGCAGUAGCCUUGAGGAUGUGACUCGUUUUAUUCAAGAUGAUACUAAUGAAGAAAGAUCAACUACUCUGGAUGAAAGAACGGGAAAUUCAAACAAAACAGCCUCCUCUUCUACCGGGGUUGUCAAAGGAAAGAGCAAGAGACCAGUGCCAGCAGUUGCCGUAAAGAAAAGUGCUGUAUCAGAUGUAGUGGAUGAAAGCAUAUGCAUUGCCCGGAGGACUCGAGCACGAAGAGCAGUCAUGCAAUAGUUGUUUUUAUUGUAAGCGGUGAUAAAAUAUUCACCAUUCCAAUGUAUGUAAUUCACUAUUUGGACUGGUAUAUAGCUGCAUGUAUAGCAAUAACAUAACUUCUGAUAAUCUGAAAGCAUUCGCCAGUGUUCUUCCCUGGGCAUCUGUUUAUUGUAGAUAUUGAUAAAAUUUAUCAGUUGCCAGGGAAAGCAUGUACAACAUGAUCAAAGUUUUUUCUGGGAUACCUGAUAGCAUUUUUUUUCAUCCUUCUUCAUUUUGAUAUAUAGAAUUGCAAGAGAAAUUGCUGUUGGGGUA